UCUGUUCAAGAACGUUUUGGGGAAACGUGUCGUUCAGUACAAACCGUUCCGCAACGUAGCAAACGUUCAAGCGAACUGAACGCACAGGUCUAGUGUACGGCGGCCCCGCAGCCAGCGCGAGCCUACCGGAGCGGUUUAACGUUCUGAACGGUAAAGAUGGCAGAACGACAGCAGAAACAUGAAGGCGGCCGAGUGAAGAUCGGACAUUACCUCCUAGGAGACACUCUGGGCGUCGGCACCUUCGGCAAAGUAAAGAUUGGAGAGCACCAGUUGACAGGUCAUAAGGUGGCAGUGAAGAUCCUGAACAGACAGAAGAUCAGGAGUCUGGACGUGGUGGGCAAGAUCAAACGAGAGAUACAGAACCUCAAACUCUUCAGACACCCUCACAUCAUCAAACUGUACCAGGUGAUCAGUACUCCUACAGACUUCUUCAUGGUGAUGGAGUAUGUAUCAGGAGGAGAGCUGUUUGACUACAUCUGCAAACAUGGACGGGUAGAAGACAAAGAGGCUCGUCGGUUGUUCCAGCAGAUCAUCUCAGGGGUAGACUACUGCCACAGACACAUGGUGGUGCACAGAGACCUCAAACCUGAGAAUGUCCUGCUGGACCAUUCCAAGAACGCCAAAAUAGCUGACUUUGGGUUGUCAAACAUGAUGUCAGACGGGGAGUUCCUGAGGACCAGCUGUGGAUCUCCCAACUACGCUGCUCCUGAAGUCAUCUCCGGAAGGUUAUAUGCUGGUCCUGAGGUGGAUAUAUGGAGCUGUGGGGUGAUCCUAUAUGCGUUGCUGUGUGGGACUCUACCCUUUGAUGACGAACACGUUCCCACACUGUUUAAGAAGAUCAGAGGGGGCGUGUUCUAUAUGCCAGAAUACCUCACUCGCCCCGUCGCUUCCCUGCUGCUGCUCAUGCUGCAGGUUGACCCGCUGAAGAGAGCUACCAUUAAAGACAUUAGGGAACAUGAGUGGUUUAAGCAGGACCUGCCAGGCUACCUGUUUCCUGAGGACCCUUCCUAUGACUCCACCGUUCUGGACGAGGAGGCCGUCAGAGAGGUGUGUGACAAGUUUGAGAGCACCGAGUCUGAGGUGAUGUCCAGCCUGUACAGUGGAGACCCCCAGGACCAGCUAGCGGUAGCGUACCAUCUGAUCAUAGAUAACCGACGCAUCAUGACCCAGGCCAGUGAGUUCUACCUGGCCUCCAGCCCUCCCCAGAGCUCCUUCAUGGAGGAUGGCAUGCCACUGCCCCCCGGGGUCAAACCACACCCAGAGAGGAUGCCCCCCCUGCUGGUAGACAGCCCCAAGGCUCGCUGCCCGCUGGAUGCCCUGAACACCACCAGAGCCAAACCCUUGGCAGUGAAGAAAGCCAAGUGGCAUCUGGGCAUCAGGAGUCAGAGCAGACCCUAUGACAUCAUGGCUGAGGUCUACAGGGCUAUGAGACAGCUACAGUAUGACUGGAAGGUGGUGAACCCGUACCACCUGCGUGUUCGGAGGAAGAACCCAGUAACAGGCAACCUGGUGAAGAUGAGUCUCCAGCUGUACCAAGUAGACAACAGAUCCUACCUGCUGGACUUCAAAAGCAUCGACGAUGACAUCAUGGACGCAGUAGGGUUUAAGUCGGGCUCUUCCACCCCCCAGAGGUCAGGCUCCACUGCAGGGCUCCACAGACCCAGACUCAGUGUGGACUCAGCCUGUCCUGCCGUGGAUCUCCCCAAGCUCAGCUCCUCUCUGCCUGGGUCGCUGUGCUCCAGCGCUGCCCUCCUCACCUCCACCCCCACCCCGCGCCAGGGCAGCCACACCAUGGACUUCUUUGAGAUGUGUGCCAGUCUCAUCACCACACUGGCCCGCUAGAGAGGGUUAACCCCGCUGGAUAACUAGGGGCCUGGAGUGUUUCCUGGUCAAUGUCAUAUAGUCAGGAAAACUCCAGGUCCUACCUGCAUAACCUCUGAAACAGAACCCUGCACUGAGCCUAUUUAGACAGUUUUAUAUCGGUGCGAUCCUGACCUAAUUCUCAAAGUACUGCAGAACACUGACCACUGCAGGGCAGACAUGCCUCUAACCACAGAUCUAAGGUCAGUUUUUAGGGAGAGUUGUUACCUCCUGGUGUUGUAGGUUUGAGCUGUGCAAGGUCCUAGAUCUCUGGUUAGGCUUCCUGUCUGUCUAGAGCAGGGGUGGGCAACUUUGAUGGGGGUAGGGGCCACAAAAAAUCUGAACUCAUCAUUAGGGGUUGCGGUGGCUCACGGUUCUGCUUACCCACAUCCAUACACACACAUGCAGUCAGCGUUUUGGGGGCCCUAAGUAAAAUUAAGCGAUUUAAAAACAUUUUAGUGGUCCCUCCUCUUGACAGUGGAGGAAAAUGUGAAGUUUUAGAGUUAAUUUACUGGAAGUUGAGACCCAGACUGGGUAAAAAAUAAAAUGUGGAGAGGGGGGGGGGAUUGAUCUGCAGGCCUACAAAAGGGGCCAUGCGGCCCGCGGGCCACUAGUUGCCCAUCCCUGGUCUAGAGGCAGCCAGUCUGGCCGUGGGAAAGGUUAGAGGUUAGGUCUCACUUGCUGAGGCAAGGUCACGUUAAGUCAAAUCUACUGUAGUUCCCAUAUGCCGCGUUCACGUGCUAGUCGGAACUAGGAAACUGACAUUUCUAGCUUGCGAACUAGUUGUAGUUAUGCACGUGCAGUGUUCAACCGGUUAGCAAGUCGGACAUUUCAGAGUUUCCUACUUCUGACUAGCAUGUGAAUGCGGCAAUAGACUGUUUGUUUAUAGACAGGCGACGCCUCCCAGACUACACAACCUCCAAUCAGCUCCAGAAUAGCCAUCACUGUAGCACAAACACUGAGCAUUUUAUAUAUGGUUUUAUAUGGUUUUUGUAACGACACAGAUUUUGUUAUCCAUAUGUAUCACAUAUAUUUCUAUUACUAUCACUUUGAGUAGUGGAGUAGCUGUUGAUUGAAAUGAAGUUAAAGAGGAUUGUUAUUAUUUAGAUAUCAGAUUGUUAUUUAUUUUAAAGAGAUGUGUGUGGUACUGAAUAUUGAGUAUUAAAGCACUGCUGAUGUUUGAGAAUUCUAUACUGACUGAAGAGAUUUUAGGCGAUGAGAGGUCAUAGAGAGAGGAGGCUAACUGACUGGCAAUAUUGUUCUGUGGAUUAGUUAGCAACUGACGGAGGAGGAGGAAGUGUAUCUGUACCAAACCUUUCUCCAGGUGCCUUAAAAACACAAACGUUGUUUCUAGCUUGUUGGCUGUUUUGUUUGCAGAAACUGAAUGGCAAGCGGACUGUUUCUUUGUGUGUGUACACUCCUGUGUGUAGAGGAGAGGACUGACAUACAAACAGGAGCUUGCCAGGGAUUGGUCAGGAGAAGAAAUACAGUGCUGUAGUUUAUGUGCCAAUGAGAUUUGAGAUCUGACUAAUAUAACUAAAGGAGGACAGCGAAUAGAUAUGAGAGAACACUGGAACAAAUCUCCCUUUACCAUUUUGUCAAAUGGUUUACAGUAUAUAGUCUUCUGGACUCCUGUCCGUGUCUCUUGUUUUGCUGGAGCCAGUGAGGGCUGGGCUCUUGCUGAUCUGAUGCAUGCUUGUGUGUGUGUGUUUCUCUGGUCUGUUCUGGUACAAUGAUGGUGAUCUGUUCUGUGUUCGGUUCGUUACUAAAUGUAGAAUCAUUUGACUCUCUCUUUCCCUCGCUCCCUCGAGUCAUUGGUUUGUUGUGUGUAUUUGCAGUAGCGUGUGUUUCACUGAGGGAAUUGUAGUCCUCCUCUGUUGGGCCAGUUAAAGAGAGGUUUGAGCCACAAAGAGAGAAGACACUAAACCUCCUUUCCUUCUGUUUCUUUGUUUCCUUAUUUGUUUAUUUGUCAUUUGUCCUGUGCAGUAGUUCUGUCAUCACAUCUCUAUUCUGAGAGCGUUGUCUGUUUUAUCUGUGUAUGACACUAUACAUGCAAUACGGUA